AUGGAGGUCAUUGAACGUGAACAAGACGUCUAUCAUCGUUUUAAUCAGUUUCCAAGGGAGCAAGUCGAUUGUAUCGUACCCUGUCUCAGGCUCGAUAAGAAUGCCACUCACUUGGCUUAUAUGGAGAACGGAAACCUACGCAAUUACUUGGCAAAGAAUCAGCCAUCUCGUGCAGUUCAGAUUACAUGGUUUCGUCAGAUGGCCCAAGCCCUUGAACAGGUUCAUGAUAAAUGUGUUCUAGUAGCAGAUAUUGCUAGUCGCAAUUUUCUGCUUGAUUCAGAUUUAUCUAUCAAAAUCUGUGAUUUCAGCGAAUCGUCUCUUCUACCCAUUGGAACUGUCAUGGAAAUGGCCGAUGACGAUGGGUAUUCGAUACAAACAGACAUCCGGCAGCUUGGUGCAGUGAUAUACGAAGUGAUCACCCGACAAGAAUGCGACUUCGAUCUCUUUAGGGAAGGUAUUCCCCCAGACGGUCGGGCUAUCUGGCCACCUCGAGACUCGCUUCCUAGCACUGAUGGGCUCUGGCUUGGCCCAAUUAUUGAGAGGUGCUGGGUGGAAGGAGGGUUCCAAAACGCGCAUGCCUUAUCACAGGCACUGGGCUCUGUGGAUUUAAUGGGAAUCUCGGACGAAGACAGCGGUCUCUGGGACAACCUAUUGCCUAUAACCCGUUGGAAUCACCAUGAUCAUGUCAAAAACUCCGUCAUUCUGCUAGCAGUGGUCCUCACAGUUGUCGCAUUCAUUGGUUCUCGGACCAAGAAACAACCUUGA